CUGUGCCAACUCAUAGGAGGCCACUUGUACCUACCACAGUCACCCACUCAGCUAAGCUUUUAGAAUUUGAGUUAAGUUACCUUCCUUCAACCAUAAUAUCCCAACCAACUCUGUCCUGUUCCUCAAUCUCUCUACAUAUCUAUCUAUCUUUCUAUCAUCACAGUAUCCUUAAUAAGUCAGAACUUUGUCACAACUUUUUCCCAUCACUUUGUGGAAAGAUAUUCAUUCUAAGGGAAAAAUGACAGAGGAGCAAUCCAAAAAGGUGGCUGAGACUGAGAGUUUUCCCUCUAAUCCUGCACCUGAACCUGUUGUUGUUCCAAAGGAGGAUGUGGCAGAGGAGAAAUCUGUAAUUCCACAACCCUCUCCCUCUCCUGCUGAUGAGUCCAAAGCUCUUGUCAUAGUUGAGAAGACUAGUGAAGUUGCUGAAGAGAAACCGAUUGAGGGGUCUGUGAACCGAGAUGCUGUGCUUGCAAGAGUUGCAACCGAGAAGAGGCUGUCACUAAUCAAAGCAUGGGAAGAAAGUGAAAAGUCCAAAGCAGAUAACAAGUCUCACAAAAAGCUUUCAGCCAUUUCAGCAUGGGAAAACAGCAAGAAAGCUGCAGCGGAGGCAGAAUUGAGAAAGAUUGAAGAACAACUGGAGAAGAAAAAAGCAGAAUAUGGAGAGAAAUUGAAAAACAAAAUAGCUACAAUCCACCGAGAAGCUGAAGAAAAGAGAGCAUUUAUUGAGGCCCAAAAAGGGGAAGAAUUCUUGAAGGCAGAGGAGACUGCUGCAAAGUACAGGGCAACUGGAACAGCCCCAACGAAACUCUUUGGUUGUUUCUAACAAGCCUGAUCAUUAAAAAAUGCUGUACUAUUAUUAUUAUUAUUUUGUAUUUUCUUUGAUAGUUCAUGUCAGUACAUCGUGUGUGGUUUGGUUGUCUUUUGCUGAGUUGUAGUUCAUGUUCAUUUAUUAUGUUUGCAUAGUGAUAUCACUGAUAUGUUGGUGUGAAUAUAACAAUUUACUUUGUGUAUACACAAGAAAUUGAAUUAUUCAAUUUGGGUAUUACGAAUUUCUUGUAGCA